AUGGGCUUGGCUAUCAAAGACACAGGCGCUGGUCAGCGGAACACAAGCCAGCAGAGGGACUAUACGGACGAAGAUGAUAUUCAAGCGUCUCACCUAUUCCCCUAUAUGAAUGGGCAGGAUACCAUGGACGCUAUAUCUGGGAAGACACGACCGGAGGAACCUUUCUCGCCCCGCAAUGGCCUCCUUAUCUGCAGAAAGCUUGAGCGGUAUUUUGAUGCUGGCAAGUUUGUCAUUGUUCCGGAUAUUCCCAAUGUUCAGGAGAAUGCGUGGGUAUCUACGAUUAAGGGUUGGCUUAGCCGUGAGCCCCGGGAGUACCGGGUCAGACUUAUUGACCCCGACUGGGAGGUGAAAGAUCAACGGAUCUCGCGAUGGGGAGAACUUACCUAUGGACAACUUGAAAACCGGAAGCUGAGGUUCCGUUUUCGUUUCAGACCUGCAGCCCGGUACCUUUACUUUCACUACUGUGUUCAAAUGCUGCCGCUGGUUGAGGAGAUGGGCCAUGAGUAUAGCUUUGUGCUAGACGGGGCUGCGGGCAGUCGGUCCGAUGAUAACAACCUUCUCCUCGGACUUCUUUCUCGAAAUGACAAGGCACAAGAAGAUCUCAAACUCCUUCGAGGCGGUCCAUUCUGGAACUGGAAAACCCUGUCCUCGCAGAUUCUUUUCGUCUGCUGUUGUGCUUUGAUCCUUUCCAUUAUCAUUUUCCCUUCGUCCGUCUUUUCCCAUACCUCCUCUACCCCGUCAAAACUUCCAAGUGAAAAUUUCCAAUCCACUUCUGAUCUUUCCAAGCUGAUCUUCGAUAACCGUAAUAAGUGA